AUGUCCAUACUUAAAGAGGAAGGAGCUGAUGUGAUGGAUAAAAUGUUCUUUGCGGAAAACGGGGAUGUUAUAAGCGACUUCACCGCGUGGAUACCCGGCCUGUCAAUUCUCCAGAGAAGGUCAUAUCAUGAAAAAACGGACGAAAAGCUGCUCCUAGAGGUUAAGGCCGAUCUGAGAAAGAAGGGCUUUAUAGUGUGA